CGUUCACCCCGGAAAUAAGGAGCGUCAGCGCUUGCGGGCGCGGCUACCUGUCACCGGUCCCGGUUCCCCGAGGCGGACGACCGUCCUUCCCGGUGGCCGCAGCCGGGCCGUCCCACCGCGCCCGCGACUCGCCCCGCCCACAAGGAGCCAGGACCCGCCGCGCCCGCGGACGGUGAAGACACCCAGACAAGUGGAAGAGUGUUUUCUCCUCUGGCCACCAAGCAGGCACCCUCUGCGUCGAGAGGCGCGUGAGGCCCUGGGAGCUCUGGGAGAUGAAGUUCGGCUGCCUGUCCUUCCGGCAGCCUUAUGCGGGUUUCGUCUUAAAUGGGGUGAAGACCCUGGAGACGCGGUGGCGGCCCGUGCUGAGCGGCCAGCGGCACCGCACCCUGGCCGUCCACAUCGCGCACAGGGACUGGGAGGACGCGGCCUGGAGGGAGCUGCUGGCCGGGAGGCUGGGGAUGAGCCCCGCGCAGAUCCAGGCCUUGCUGCGGGACGGGGAGAAGUUCGGCCGCGGAGUGAUAGCCGGGCUGGUUGACAUUGGGGACACUUCGCUGUGCCCGGAAAACUUAGGUCCCAACGAGGUUGCGGAGCUGGAGAAUCAAGCCCUGCUGCCCAACCUGCAGCAGAAGUACCUGACUGCGCUUGCCAACCCCCGCUGGCUGCUGCAGCCUGUCCCCGGGAGAGGCGGGAAGGACGUCUUCCAGGUGGACAUCCCCGAGCACCUGAUCCCCUUUGGGCAGGAGGCCUGACCAGACUGCGCUCUCGAGAGGAAGGUGACCGAGAGACCGGCUCAUUGUGCCACCGUCCACUCGCCUUCACGCCCUGGACGUGCACGUCUGGUUCGGUCUGAAUCGGCCCUGCCCCGGGGAGCGCUGCCCGCUCCGUGCUGUUCACGGAAGCAGACGUGCCCACCUGGUGCAGGGACAGGGGUUGGGACUCUCCUCGUGCGAUGCCGCUCUGGGCUCAGCGACAGAGUCUCGAGGACUUUGACCUUUAGGAAAAGAUGGCAGUGCCACUCGUUUUGGCCCUACUGGUUCUGGGUGGUUGAGAGAGAUGUGUUUUGAGGGGACCAGUUAGCGUUUUCCCCUCUUUGGCCUGGUCAGAACUCCCAGAUGUUUGGACCGCGUCUGGGGAACGAACGAUGGGGGAAGGCCGGUGGCGGGCCUCGUGCACGCGGGAGAGGACCGCAGGCCCAGAAAGAGGGCGCGGUCUGUCCUUGCAGGUGACCCUGGCCCUGUUGUAAAGCGUCCCUUGGCUCACGAAGCGUGUGUGUUAGACGUGCUGCCCGGCCACUUCACGUCCGAAGACAGGCUCCUAAAUACAGCUCUGACGGCAAAGUGAAAAGGGCUGGCGCUCGCUUUGUGGAAACCUCUUACUUCUCUGUGGGGUUUGGGGCCAUUUGUCAGCAAGCUUUCUAGGGGUUGUCACCUCUGAAGGUGCUGGGCUUUCCCCCAGGUGUCGGCUGGGAAGGGCCCGUCUCUUCUGAGGCAGACGGCAGUGUGCACGCCUACCUUGGUGGGUGGGAUGGCCCUCCUUUCCGGCGGGCCUCUUUGGGAGGCCCCCGGAUGGUGGGCUGGACACACGCUCAGCUGCGGGUCAGAAACUUCUGGCAUCGUAGGGGGACCCAGGAGGAGGCUCCUUCUGCUUCAGGAUGCAUGACUAAUGGAAGGUGACACCCCUGAGGUCAGGAGCCAGGCUGUGCUGCCUCCUGACUAGCAGGCAAGGCCCAGGGACCAGCCUGUCCUGGGCUGGCCUCAGCGCUCCCGAGCCACGUCCGUGGCUGAGCGUGGGAAAUGCUGCGGCUUCUAAACGAAAGGGGGCGGCGGGGACCAAAGCCUGCCGGGGCUGUGGGUUUCCAGCCUCGUCGGGCCCGUCCACUGAGAUGUGUGACUAGUACGGACAGUUAGAAAGGACACAAGACUCGCACUUCUCGUUCGAUUCUUCAUUUGCUCCCGUGGACCUUGGCUUUUCUUUAUUAGAGACAAAAGUAGGUUCUUGGUUAUGAGAUGGGGCUUUUUGUGUGUCCCCAGGGGCCUGCGAGCUCAGGGAUCACAGUGGUCCUUGCACUGUUGGCGGAGAGCACGCCUGCAGUCUGAGGAGCCCCCCUACUCCUCGUCCACCUCAGGGACCUUGUUUGGGGACGUAGCUAAAAGGGCCCCCGGCAGGAGGGAGAGACAGCUGUUGUACAGAGACAUCUCCGAGCCAUAAGCCGGGUAAACCGUGGGGCUGGCGGGCAGUUCCCUGGCGCCAUAGCGGGGGCACAGAAGUGACAUUCCAGGGAGUGCCCUGCCCGCUCAGGCCGCCCUGCUCACUGGGGGCGUGGUGUCCCCUGGCCCAUCCCGCUCGUAGAGCACGUGCUAGAGGACAGGAGAGGCUGGGUAGCGCUGGGCCCCUGAGCACCUGGGGCUUUCUUCUGGGUGGUGGAAUCGUUGUAAGGGAUUUGUGGGGAGCGUCUAGUGGCAGCCACCGGCUUCUUUCCCUUCGGGGCUGUUGCGCUGGUCCCGGGCUGAUCAGUUGCUCCCAGGUUGCAUUUUCUCUGAAUGUUCUCGAUGAGCAGAGGCUUGUCUCUCUGAAAGUUGGAGUUGCAGAAGAUCUGAAAUGAAACGAAUCACUUUAGCCAUUCUGGGAGAAAAUACCCACUCCUCCCCGCCCACCCCCGUCCCUCAUAAUGGUCUUAUCUGACUGUGGAGAAAAGGUCUCUUUAAGUUCCUGGCAGGUUAUUCCGCCCUGGAGUGUGCGCUCCCUAGAGCUCCCCGAGGCGAGCCUCGGUCGAGGUGUUACUGUCGCUACCUGACAUCUCGUGGCCUCUCGAGAGGGUCUGUAGGCGCACCUGCAGGUCCCCUCUAAGGGGCUGUGGCUGAAUACCACAGGCUCUACUUUCUCAUCUUUCCUUAACUGCCUUCUCACGUGAGGAAACUUAUUCUCGGAAAUGAAACCCGUUCAGCACGUGGCCCAUCUGGCCUCCCCGGGAGGUGUUCGAAUAACAAGAGAACGUGGGCAGCGGAAGGGCUUUCUACUUUACCAUCAGCCUCUUCUUCCCUGGAGAGUGGCUGGUCAGGCGUAUUUUGCUGAAUCCGUGCCGGUUCAUUUGGCGGAUGAAAGUCGUCAAGCUGUCUGUGUUGAAAAUCCUGUCUGCGCCUCUGCGGUGAAGAACCUCCCUCUGGAAGAGGUCUUCCUCGACGAUCACCAUAUCUCCCUUGUCAUUCCAGCGCACAGAGGUGAAGGCGGGCUCCUCCGCCAUCGUCCAGAGCUUUCUUGGGAGGGAGAGCUGAAGAAUACUCUGGUUGGCCACACCGUAGUCUGCGCCCUGUGGUGGCGGGUUGUCUUGGGAGACGGGAUCUGGGCUCUCGGCUUGGUCGCCCUGCUUCUCCGAACUCUCCCGUGAAUCCACGUUGGGAUGCGGGGACGCACGAGAGGGGACCCACGUUGCUGCCUCUGCGUCAGCCGAUGGGCCCAGCAUGGCUGUACACAGCUCAUCGCUGCUCUGACUAGCCAUGGAGCCAGUCUGGAUUGGGAGCAUUCUCCACCUGAGACCGUAUGACUGAACUCUCAGGGCAGAAAUGCCUUGGACCAGAGCGGGGAUGCCCAGUAAAUACUGUCCGCAAGACUCUAGAAUCUCGGUAGUGGGGCAGCCAGCCGCUCAAGUCGCAGUCUUCUUUAUUGUCACGUGAUGUCACCGAGGCGGUCUGGAGAGGGAGCCCUGGCCAAGUGUCUUUUUUUCUAAAAGCCUCGAAAAGUGUGGUUCAAGUUCCCGGGAAAGACUUCCGUCUGCCGCCAGGCACCUUGUUUCAAGGGGCCAGGCCCCGGAUGGGUUGAGAAACGUGAUCCUGUCUCCACUCCCAUCCCUUCAUGCUGGCUUCCGAUGUGCUCAAGGGCCAGGCCCUGGCGAGGCGUAGCUUGGCUGCCACUGAGACCACAGGGAUCACGUGGGCCCCUGGCGACUGUCCCUCCCAGAAGAUGGGGCUCCCUAGCGGGCUGGUUGGCCUAGCCUGAGUCGGUGCCCACCCCCCCCACCCCCAUCCCCCUUCCGGCUCUGGUCGCUUGCAGCUGUUCCUGCCAGCUGGCCGGUCCCGCUCAGAUGGGCCCAAACAAAGGGUCCUGAUUUCCUGCCUCCCAGGUCAAGCUGUCCCCAGAGUAGGGCUGUGCGCGACCUCACAUUCAACUCGAGUGUUCCCCAAGCACCUCAGACACAGCCCUGCCCACGAUGCCGCGUGGGAGGGCAUAGCCACGUGCCCUCCGCUGGCCAUCGAGCCUCCUUUUGGGCUCUGCCUGCCCCCAGACCCCAUCCCUGUGCGGAUCACAGAGGGCUUGUCUUCAGCGUCCAUUUCUUCCCGUAGAAGCCCUUCUCAUGGCCCAAGAGCGCUCACUUUUGGAACACCUGCGUGCGUCCUUUUCCCAUCGCCUUCCCAGACCGUCGGAUUCAGCCUCCCUGGAAGCUGCCUCGAAAGCCCUGUUUCCUUUCCGCAGUGGGGUGGUUUGGCUUCUGCUCCCCCCGAUCCUGGCCUCCCACGUCCACCUUGGGUCUCCGUGGGUACUUGCCCUUUGAAGGACUUGAUCUGGGGCUUCGGCGUGUAGCCUGUCCCAUUGAAAGCAGGCAUUUCACUGGUGCGCUCCCAGGCCAGCCCUGCUCUCCUUCCCCACGCCCGCCCCUGCCCCCACCCCCACCCCCGGGGCCCUGUCCCCGCUGUUACCUUGAGGAUACAUAGAAUGAUUUUGUUUGCUUUCAGCUUCGACGCUUUUGAACGGGCCUGCGUGACACGGACUCAGUCCCAAGGAAAUUUCCUACUUGCCGACCUAGACGUGACCGGGGGAAGCCCCCGUCCACGUGCAUUUGGAAGUAGAUGAGGGUCUGGGUGUCGGACGGGCCGAAACGCGAGUGAGAGUCGUCCGUCUUCACCGCAGGUGGGAGGAUAGGACGGUGGGUUUGGUGAUGCGCGUUCUCUGGCCGUUGUGGGCGACUUUGUCCUUCAUAGUCACUGUGUAGCGGACAGAGUGGCACCUUGGAAAGGCCCGUCUGCGAGGAUCCUAGGUCCCUGUCCCAGCUCUGCCACUAAGCAGGGUCAUCUGCCCUCUGUGAGCGCCACUGCCCUAUUUCUGAAAGGGGAGAGCUAAGAGGGUGUGCAGGAGGAUCGCCCGAGGUGCCUUUCAGCCUAAGGACUGGCAUCCUGGAUGGAGCUCCCGGGCCUAGAUUCGGGCCUGCUCCCUGGUCUUUAUGCUUCUAAACUGGUUUACAAAGCAUUCUUCAGGUCAGUUCCUCCUGUAGGGACAUGACCUCGGAGGCUGCGAAUUGUCGUGGAGGCCGUCGGUGGCUCCUCAGAAGGGGCCCAAAGGCUGGGGCCUCCUUGGGCCCAGCCUGCCUGUGUGGCCUUGCCUGCUGCCCCCCUCCUCGGGCCCUCCCUCGCCCCCUGGGUCCCGUAGGAACUGCCUCCUUCCUGGUCCCCCUCCCUGCCAGGUGCCAGCCGGGCCCCGGCAGUGGGUUUGUGUGGCACCGUGGGGUCUUCCUCAGCCGGGUCUCGGGACCCUUCAGCUGGGCAGGCACAAGCCCUGGCGACGUCCAAGGCCUGCCUUUGCCAGCCUCGCCCUCCAGCCCCUGCCCUUGGCUUCCACGCCCUGAUGCCCCCAGCCCAGAGGCCCCCCAGCCGCUCCCCUCCCUCGCUGCCGCCAGGGUCUCGGGGUGUCUGCCAGCGUUAACUUCCCUCCAGUAUCUGAGGAGGCUCCUGCAGGGGCCUUAUCCCAGUAGGCACUGGGGCCUUACAGUCAGUCCCAGGCAGUCUCAGUCCCUCCCUCCCCGUGGCUCAGCCAUGAGCAGCUCAGCCGGCCAGGUUCCCGUUGGACAGGAGGGCCCCAGGGCAGGAGCAGGGACAGGGCGCCGUCACACGGGAAGGUGCCGGGACUGGCCAGAAAUGCCAGCCCCUGGCGGUGUCAGCUCUCAACAAGCCACAGACGAGCCCCACACUGUCUCUGCUUCUCCUUGGCACCUUCCUUUCUUGGGCCUGCUUUUUGUCAACUGAAAGACACCGUGUGACACUGAGAAGAGCAGUGAAUCGCCAGUCAGAAGGUCAGCCACGGGCUGGGGUGGGUGGGAACAGCGUGGGCUCGAGAGGAAUUCAGACCAGGGCUCUGGUCCCCACGCCGUCACUUACCAGCACGUGAUCCUGGGGAGAUUCUCCAGCCCCGUGGCCUCAGGUUCCUCACCCGUGAAGCGAAUGGGUGUGAUGAGCCCUGUCUCGGGCUGCGGGGAUGUGUGUGAGCUGCGUAGGGCAGCUCACAGGGCCUGGCGUCUGUUGGAACUUCGAUGGUCGGCAGGUAUCUCUCAUGUUGUUCGGCCUCAGACCCUUCCCCUCUCUCCUCUGGCAUUUGGUUGGGCGGUUUCUUGUCCCGGUCGUGUCAGAGAAUAUGCAGCUCAAUAGGAUGUGGAAAAGCUAAUUAGCCAAA